UGUAACAGUUGGCAARAAUACCUAACUGCGUCUUYUGGCAGUCCAAWGGAACCCGACACGAUGGGGCCACAACCGACCACGGGCGAAGCGGGAGAGGAGUACAGGACAUCGCCCGAUCGAGCUCUGAGGGAUCUGAAGGAACGAAUUAGGCAAGAAGCACCGCUGAGAUGGACUGACCAAACCAAUGACGGAGGGUCCAACGUAAGGGGCGAACCAAUUGCGAUAGAGCCGCAGGAGGCUCUAAAGACGGGUACCUCGAGCGAACGACGAGAAGCGACGAGGCGACGCUCCCCCGAGUAUGAGCGGAGGGACACCAUAGCAGACAGGCACAGAGACGAUUGGAGAGAGAGUUUGAGGGAUUCCUAUUGGAGGUACAGAGAUAGAGACAGGGCGCCGCCCAGGCGAGUCUUCGACCCUCAGACAGGGGAGUCACAUCCGCUCCCUUACGAGGGCAAGGAUCGCUAUAUUAUUACGCACAAGRCCUCAGAGCCUCCUACCUUCAGGGGCUGUGGUAUCACAGAAUAUCUGGAGAAGUGGGAGCUUCACGCCAGCCGGAGUCAGUGGUCGGAGGAAGAGAUUAUAGAGAGCUUCCUAUUUAAUGUGGACCCAAGUCUCGGUAGGGAAGUUAAGGAAGUUCGACCGAAGGAUGGAAAAUGGACUACGUACAAGAAGAACCUCGUUGAGCUUUACAAAUUGGAGGAUAAYAAGUAUUCCAUCAAGGACCUUGAAACAAUGACUCAAGAUGAAGAUGAGAGCGUACGGGCAUUUGGAAUGCAUUUCCAGAAGAUCUCUGAUGUGCUGAUGAAGAAGGGGAAAAACUCAGAUGUCGAGCGCUGUAUUAUCUUCAUCGGACACUUGUCCAAAGGUAGGCAAAAGAGUAUACUUAGAGAUCUUCCGCGCGACAGGCUUGAUUUCUCAGAAGUCCUAAAGCUCGCGAUAAAGGCAGAGGCAGACGAUUACAAGGACUUGGUGUGGAGCGGGAUGAGGAGACGUGACUUCUCUCUCUACAAGGAGUAUGUCAGUAAUAGAUGUCCUGAUUUCAAGGACUAUCCCUGGUCGGAGAAGAAUGAGGCCGUGGCUGAGGAAGUGAAGGAGAUACGGGACAUGGUGAAGGGAUUGACGAGACAGGUUACAGAGAUUGUGACCACUACAGGGGCCACGGCCUACCGGGACAAACCUGGAGGGCCCUAUUCACUUCGCUGGGACCGUAGGAACAACGAUUCCUGGAGGAGUGUCGAGGAUAGAAAUCCUCGGACGCUGACUGAUUAUCACCGAGACCGCAGAGAUCACGAGCCGUUUGUGCGAGCAAGGAGGCUAGAUGAUUACCCGCGAAACUCUCGCUAUGAGGCCGAUCGGGGUAGAGGCGACUCCCACGACCGAUGGGAGACAUAUCAGGGCCGACGAGAUGGAUAUAGGGACGACAAAUAUGAAAGAUCGGACCGAGAUGGAUAUAGGGAUGACAUGUAUGAGAGAUCGGACCGAGACGGAUAUAGGGACGACAGAUACGAGAGGUCGGGUCGAGAUGGCUACAGAGGUGGUAGGUAUGAAAGAGGAGAUCGAGACUGGGAACGACGAGAUGGGUCGCGGGGACGGUUUGAGCGCGGGGGAGAUGCGAGAGAGCAGCGCGACGAUUCGCGGGGGUGGUACAACCGAGGGGACCGACGAGAUGAGUCACGAGCGAGAUAUGACUCCGGGAACCGCUGGAAUGAUUCGCGAGGGUGGUAUGAGCAAGGAGGGUCUGGAGGAGACCGCCGCAACGAUUCGCGUGGUCGAAAUGAGAGAGGGGGAUAUGACGUCUCAUCAGAACCAUAUCCCAAGUCGCCUGACCACAAGGCAGCUAGGAGUUCGAUCUCUAGAAGCGCAGACGACAGGCCAUCUACUCCCAGGAACUCAUGCGUCUACUGUACAGGAGAAGAUCAUAUCAAGAGGGAUUGCCCGGACCUCAAACGGGCAAUAGAUGAGGGACUUGUCGUGCUUGACGACCGCAAGUACGUCAAGUGGGCAGAUGGUCUGGGAGAUGUAUCGAUGUUCCCUUCAAUGAAGGAGAAUGUCGAAGCAAGGAGAGUAAAGCCGAGUAAAGAAAAGGAGCCGGUCAGGAGCCAGAGCAUCAAGAUAACCUUUGAGGGGGAUAUGGCGACCACACCUAUAAGGGUGGCAGCCACCAAGUUGGCGAGAGGGUCUACAUCGAAGAAGACUGACACGGAUUACGUGAUGACAGAGAAGGACGGGCAGCGGGUCGAUGGAGAGGAGGUUAUCCUUUCGCCGCGAAAGCGGGGAGUGAAGAAGUUCUUAAUGAAGAGUUCGCUGGACGAGAUUGACACGGUCGAGCCACUGAGGCGGGCCCUUCGGCAACCCAUGCAGUGCUCUAUUCUGGAGUACCUGGCGGCAUCGAAGCCGUCUCGUGAUGAGUUACAGAUGAUCACGCGGAAGACUCGCAUACCUCUAUCGGAGGAGGGUCAGGGGRMCCCUAAGGCGGAAGCUUCUACAGUAGCAGUAACGGGGGUGACUGCCAGAGCGGAUCGCAUGGCAACAGUCCUUCUCGAUGGAAUGGAAGGUGUGCCUCCAGACAAGUUUUAUAUACUUGGUAGCGGGGUCGUGGAAACGAUUAUAAACGAUGGAGCGGUACUCGAUGCUGUGAUCGAUAACGACAGUGAGGCUGUCAUCAUAGACGAGGACCUGGCAGUACUGGUUGGACUAGGCCUCGAUAGGUCAUACCUAUUCGAGAUAGAGACGGCUGAUGGGAGAAAGCAACAGAUCACUGGGGGUUGUCACAAGGCAGCCAUAGAGGUCCAAGGGGUACGAGUGACCCUGCUUGUCUUUGCAGUCAAGAACUGCAGCUUCGACCUGCUCUUGGGUCGAACGUGGCUGAGCCACGUGCAUGCGGUGACGAUAGAGCGACCUGAUGGGAGCCAAACAUUGUCCAUUAGGAAGCCAGACGGGACGUGGGUAAUGAUUGAGACGGUGGAGCCUCGGGACCCGAGGAACAGAGCAGCUCUCGCUGUGGGUGCGAGACCCAGUGAUCAGAUUAAGUCGUUACCUAUCUCCGGUCGGAUCGUGGAGGUGGAAGAUUUAGGGAGUCGGCUAAUAGUGGAUGGCAACUCGUACCUAACGGAAAAAGAUGAGGAAUUUAGCGGUGUGGUAUCCGUGUCUUUUUUAAGGGCACGGCCCCCUAUGGCGGGCUACCCAAGCGACACAAGCGAGUAGCUCAAAAAGUUAAGCCAGCGGCGGUGGGCCGCGAGCGAUCUGCACUGGAAGGGAUAUCGAAAAAAGAGAUCGCGAAAGAAAUCAAAGAAAGAAAGAAAAACGAGCCGCAACGCCUAACGGAAGA